CAAUUACAACUUACUUGUCUUGUGCGGACUGCCGAUAUAUAUGCAUUUGUGUCGGUGAUAUAUCAACGCAACAUCCAGCCAUAUCCGUAACGGUCACGACCACCGCUCCUCCUCUUCGGCUACGCUUUCUGGACACCUCUCAAAAUGGCCGACACCGCAACGAAAGCUGCCCCGGCAGCCGUUACAAAGCCUGAGCGACCCGACGAGGAAACUUUCAAGAAGAACCUCGCGCAAGCCGAGAAGGAACUCAAGGCCGAGGAAGAGCGCUUGCGCCAAAUCAAGGCCAAACUUGACAAUGCGAAGCCAAACAACAAGGACUCUCCCGCUGGAAAGCGACAGGCUGAGCUCCGCGCCGAGUUGAAGGGCAUACGCGAUACCCAACAGAACAGCAAGACCGGUCGCACUUCGAUCAUGGACAACAUCAAGCGCCUCGAUAACACCAUGAAGGCCAGGAUACAAGAGCUGAAGGACAAGCGUAGCAAGACAAAGUUCUCCAGUGCGGAACAGGUUCAGCAGGAGAUCGAUCGUCUUCGUGCGCAAGUCGAUUCUGGUACCAUGAAGCUGGUAGAUGAAAAGAAGGCACUUGACGAGAUCCGCGUCUUGACUGCGGCCAAGAAGGGAUUCGCCGAGCAUGACCAGAUCCAGAAGGACAUCGAUAACGUCAAGGCUGAAAUUGCUACUCUCAAGAAGCAGCUUGACGAUCCAGAAUCUCGCGCUUUGUCAGAACGCUACACUCAGAUAACAGCUGAGCUGGACAAGAUCAAGGCCGAGCAAGACGAGGCUUUCAAGAACCUGAACGCGCUGCGCGACGAAAGAACCAAGAUUCACGAGCAACAGCAAAAGAAGUACGCUGCUGUCAAGGAGAUCAAGGACGCCUAUUACACCCAGCGCCGCGCCGCCGUUGAGUACGAGCGUGAAGCGAAGCGCAUCCGCGAGGAGAAGCGACGAGCAGAGAACGAUGCAUACCACCGAGGCAGGCGGCAAGAGGCAGCCAAAUUCAAGCUUGAGGAGGCCAGCGCACCCGCUUACGAUGAGGAAAUCCGCAUCACUCGCUCAUUGCUCGCUCGUUUCGGAUCAGCUGUGGACUCUCAGCAAGCCACCGGCCCUGGUCAAUUCGCAGCCACCGAUUUCCGCAAGGUCGACGAUUCUGGAAUUAAGGGCACUGCGCUGAAGAAGAAGGGUGAGGAAGAGGAGAACUACUUCAUCGGCGGCGGUGGCAAGAAGAAGAAGGGCAGGAAGGGCAGCUCCCAGCCCAACGGCGCCAGCUCUCCAGCACCUGAGACAAGCAAGUUCAACCUCGACCUCGGAACCAUCUCUGCGCUUGCCCAAAUCAAUGUGGAUCCUCCUAUGUCUCAGGCCGAUGUCCCCGCUGUUGUCGAGAAGCUCAAGGAGAAGCUUGAAUUCUGGAAGAGCGACCAGGACCGCAAGACCAAGGAGAACAUCGCGAACGCCCAGAAGGAAAUCGACCGACUCGAAGCCGAGGCCGCUGAGCACAACUCCAAGCCUGCUGAAAAGCAAGUCAACGGCUCUGCAUCUGCUGGCGCACAAGAUCCAACCGCCGAGGUCACAGACGGCAUCAAGAACGCCUCAGUCGAGGAGAAGACAACCGCAUAGUAUGUUGGUCAGCAGCAGCAACUCAUUUUAACGGCAGCGAAAAGUGAGCGUUUUGGUUGCAUCUUUUGACUCUUCAGGUGUCUUUUUGAGGCUGGAAAAAGCUACUGCACCGAGCUUGAGCAUCGAACGUGGGCGACUCGUGCGGUCUUCGGGAAGCGACGUGGCCUUCAUGUAGCAAUAUAUUGAACACCAACACAGAAUGAACAGCCUAACGAGGCGUGAUUUGAAC